CAACGAGGAGUGCAUCAUUGCAGCGAUGUUUGAUAUUUCCAUCUACAUAUCUGGAGUUGCUUUAUCCCUUCACUGGCCUUUUUAGUAACCCCUGAAGACUUCUUAUGACUGAAUACUGGAACAGAUGAGUUAUGUUCUUACUGAAUGUUCUUGAUCAAAGGUAGAUGUACUGGACUUUCCGGAUGCAUGUAAGGACACAAAGGUUGAAGAAGUCCUGAAGAUUGAUGGAGGGCCAUGCUAUUCAAACAGCAGGUGUUGCUGAGACAGAAGCUCCUUGUGUUAGGCAGCCUUGCUAUUGGAAGUCUCCUGUAUCUAGUUGCCAGAGUUGGGAGCUUGGAUAGAUUGCAGCCCCUCUGUCCCAUUGAUGGCCGAUUUGGACCCCAUGGCCAAGAGGAAAUCCCUCUCCGAGCUCUGCAGUUCAAACGUGGUCUUCUCCAUGAGUUUCGUAAAGGUAAUGCCACAAAGGAGCAGAUACGACUCCACAAUCUGGUUCCGCAGCUUCCCAAGGCCAUCCUCAUUGGGGUGCGGAAAGGAGGUACCCGAGCACUGCUGGAGAUGUUGAACCUUCACCCCGCAGUGGUCAAAGCUUCUCAAGAGAUUCACUUCUUUGACAAUGAUGAGAACUAUGCCAAGGGAAUUGAGUGGUACCGGAAAAAAAUGCCUUUUUCUUACCCUCAUCAAAUAACAAUUGAGAAAAGCCCUGCAUAUUUUAUCACUGAGGAAGUACCUGAAAGGAUUUACAAAAUGAACUCAUCUAUCAAAUUAUUGAUCAUUGUCAGGGAACCCACUACAAGAGCUAUUUCUGAUUACACUCAGGUGCUGGAAGGGAAGGAGAGAAAGAACAAAACUUACUACAAAUUUGAGAAGCUGGCUAUUGAUCCUAAUACCUGCGAAGUGAACACUAAGUAUAAGGCAGUGAGAACCAGUAUCUACACAAAACAUCUGGAGAGAUGGUUAAAAUACUUCCCAAUCGAGCAGUUUCAUAUUGUAGAUGGAGAUCGACUCAUUACUGAACCACUGCCAGAACUCCAGCUGGUUGAGAAGUUCCUAAAUCUUCCUCCAAGGAUAAGUCAGUACAAUUUAUACUUCAAUGCCACCAGAGGGUUUUAUUGCUUGCGUUUUAACAUUGUCUUUAACAAGUGCCUGGCGGGUAGCAAGGGACGCAUUCAUCCAGAGGUGGAUACCUCUGUCAUUACCAAAUUGCGCAAGUUCUUUCAUCCUUUUAAUCAAAAAUUUUACCAGAUCACUGGGAGGACAUUUAAUUGGCCCUAAAAUGAAUUUCAUACAACAUAUUCUGAUGCACCUGAGACAUGCAAUAGUGUCUCUGUUAAAAUAUGCACUUUUCAUAGACACAGCUAUCAAAGUAACUUUUUUCAUGCAUACCUGUACAUAUGCAGUGUGUGACCAAAUAUACAGUGGGAUCAAUCUUUUCUACAGAGUAGUAAUUAACAUAAAUUUACUGUCAGCAUAGUUGCAUCUUUUAAGAUAAAAUAAUAAAGGAAAAGUGAUAUUUAGGGAAAUUAAUUCAGAUGCUAUUAAAAGGGUCAGUGUUCCUCUUGCUUAGUAAAGUGUUUAUGUGACUUACUUAUUGGUCUAAGCAGAACGCUAUUUUAUGCCAUUAAAAUUGACGUCAAAACUCUGUGAAGCUGUGGGAAAGCAUAAUAUUCAGGCUGUACUUGGUAUACAUGUUCCUAAAGGAAUACUGACACUUUGAACAGAGCGCUGAAUUUUUACAAUGACAGUGGAUAGUACUAUUUUCUUAUUAUUUGAAAUGAGUAUCUUAUCUCAUACAAGCAACAUUUCAGAGUUCCUGUGGUGAGUUUGCACUAUUGUUUUAUUGUAUGGACCAUAGUGUCACUUGUAGCAUGUCAAUCACGUGUCAAAAAAAGGUCAAAUAAUUUCUUCUCCUAUGCUUGUGUGUUGACAAAGAGCUACAUCAUGUACAUAGUGUACAAUGUUUGUAAAUACCAGUUUCGCACUAAGUAAUUCUAUUUUGUAAACUGAAUAUGGCUAUUUAAUUUAUUGUGAAAAUUAAAUUUAUUGUGGUAUUUAAAAAUGGAAUGGAUUAAAAUUACCUAUAUGUGCAA